GAGAUCGUUGAUUUAAUUUGACAAAAUCAAUGUGCAUAAAAUGUAAAAGGUCGUUCGUACAUUUACGAGAAGAGAAAUUUGUCGAAGCGAAUCAAAAAAUUCGGCUUAACAGUUCGGUUUAACAGUUGAAUAUGGUAGCAUUUCGAAGUUACUAUAGAAUCGAUAAGGAAGUUCAGGAUGAAAGCCAGUCAUAAACAACUUGUUUAUCUUCUUAAUCGUUCGCACCGAUUAUUCGCAAUACACGGAAAAUCAUCCUAAAGUUUCACUUGCAGAUGAUCAAUGUUGGAAGAAUGGUAUUGUCGUUCAAUUGCAAACAACAAUGCAGAUGCAGAAGACGAUGAUGAUGACAGUCCGGAGGAGGAAGUGCCUAACUACAAGGAUCAGUAUCGAAAUCUUAAGAGAAAACUAAAAUUUUUAAUCUACGAAAAUGAAUGCUUUCAAGAAGCUUUGAGGUCUACGCAGAGGAAAUUACUCAAAGUAAAUAGGGAUAAAAGCUUUUUAUUAGAUCGAUUAUUACAGUAUGAGAAGGUAGAUGCUUCAUUCAGUGAAAGUGAUGAAACAGAAUCAUCCGAUGAAGAAGUUACUCGUCUUGAUACUUCAAAAAGGAAAAAAAUAGAAAUGGGCAUUAGUAAUCAUACACCUCAUCAUAUACCAACAAUGACAAAAUCUCAGCUCAAUACAAGCAAAAAGAAAAAACCCGCUCCAAAAGUAACGAAAUCAAACAGCACACCUAUAGUACAAUCGUCAAACAAUGUGGUACCAAUGUCUUUGAUGUCAGAUGGUCAUAUGACCCCAGAAGAAGUAGAAAGACAUCUAGAGUCUCGACAAACUUACUUGGAACUAGUACCAGAGAAAGCACCACCUACUGUUCCAACUGAAAUGUUCAGCAAUGAUCCUUCGUUAGACAGGUUAAGCAAGUAAAAAUAAUCUAUAAUGAUCAGUCAGAGGAGUUCUGUGGAAAAUGUUCUAGAAAAAAUUAUAGUAAAAAUCGAAGCCGAAUCCAACCAGAAAAAUACAAAUAUUAAUUUGACCAUAAAACGGAAAUAUAAUUCAAAACACGAGUCGAAUAAAAGACCGAAAUUAAAUCUGCACGAAUCUCUCAAUGAAGCGACGCACUGUCGUAUUUGCUAUGAUUCUUCUCACCAAUUACCUAUUAUAUAUCCCUGCAAGUGUAAGGUUGGCCAAAUGUCACUACUGUUAACAUUUCAAUAAGAGUAUGAAAUAAAAUAAAAUAAA